AGAGGUGAGUCGGUUUUUUUUGUCCCCGCCUCCCAUUUUGCUGGUCACGUGAUCUCAUACCUGCCCGCCCGACUUUUUUGUCGUCGGAUAAAACGUUUUGCGCAUGCGGGUUGGCCUCCUUUUUUUCUGCGGGCUUCAGAAGAACACAAGCAGGUUGAACAUGGCGGAUAUGACAGAUUCAUUUGAGGGCGGAGAUUCCGGGGCCUCGACGACGUACCCCAUGCAAUGCUCUGCCCUGAGGAAGAACGGCUAUGUCAUGCUGAAAUCUCGUCCCUGUAAGAUAGUGGAAAUGUCUACCUCCAAGACUGGCAAGCACGGGCACGCCAAGGUGCACCUUGUUGGAAUUGACAUUUUUACCGGCAGGAAGUAUGAAGACAUAUGCCCAUCCACCCAUAACAUGGACGUCCCAAAUGUGGCCAGGAAGGACUACCAGGCCCUUGACUUGUCCGACGGCUUUCUGUCCAUGAUGGAUGAUGGUGGGGAUACCAGAGAGGACCUUAGAAUUCCAGACAACGACAUAGGCAAAGAAAUUGAGAAGAAGCUUGACGCUGGGGAUCAGUUUAUGGUGACCGUGAUGAAGGCUAUAAGUGAAGAAGCAGUGGUCGGCAUAAAGCCCCUUAAUUAGGUCCAACAGUAAGCCGAAGAUGCCACAGUCUUUGCCACACAUCUCCACCAUGGCUUGCUCGCCUAAAAUCUGAAACUGUGGACUGGGUCAGAUUGUCUUUUUUUUUUUUUUUUUUU